GGAGAGACCAAAGUCAUCUUUUCAGGACUCACCUUUCAGCUCUUCUUCUUCUUCCCCAAAUUCUGCAAAUAGAGGAGGGCUCUAGAAAGUAUCAUCAAGUUCAGACCUUUUCUUUUUGCAAUUUCACUUCUGAUUCCUCGAAAACCCAACUUUCAUUCUCUACCCAUCAUUCCUUUUCGUCUCUUUUUGGCUGAAAAUGGGUUUCAGGAUCCAUAGCUGAUUUCCAAUUUUGUAUGAUUUGGGGAAAUGAUGUUGUCAUUGUCAAUGCCCACUACGGCUACUACUCGGAGUUCACUGGAGCUCAUGCUUGAUUCCUUCCUGCGCAUGGAUGAGCCGUCGAGUGAUUUACCACCGGCACUUCCGGCUCGACCCACGUCAAGGGCUCGACUCCCUCCGGCUAGGAAACCCUUGCCCAUGAAGUUUAGGAGAGGAAUUUUAACAGAGGUUUCUGAAGGAGAUAGAAAGGAAUUGGAGGAAUUUGUUGAGGAAGAGAAGACAGAUGAAAGUAACAGACUUUGUGCCCUAAUGAAGAUUGGAAUUUGUAAGAACACAAAUGAAAGAACACUAGAACUAGAAGGUAUACUGGAGAUUCAGAAAUGUAUUCGAGGUUUCCAAGCCCGCCAUUUCUUUGACGAGUUAAGAAGAGGAUCUUUAACCCUUCAAACAUUUGUUCGAGGUGAAAAUGCUAGAAAGGAUUACGAGGUUUUAAUGAGAAAAUUAACCGCUGUCAUUGUAAUACAACGCCAUGUAAAAGGUUGGAUCGCGUGGACAAUGCUGCAGAGAAAGAAGAAAGCAUGUUUACGUAUACAACGUGCAAUAAGGGGAUGGUUGAGCCGAAGAAAUCUGCAGUUGACAAAUCCUAUCGAGGAAAAUGUGAGAGUGUCGAAAUCAAUCAUAAGCGACCUUCAAAGGCGAUUAUUUAAAGCGGAGAGGGAAUUCGCGCGGAAGGAAGUUGAGAAUGCUGAUUUGUAUAGAGAAAUCCGUCGGUUUGAAGAAAGAUGGUUGGAAUAUGAUGAAAGGAUGAAGUACUUAGAAACUUCAUGGCAAGAUCAAUUGUCGUCUUUGCAGAGGAAAUUAACGGAAGAAGAAGAGAAGGAUAAUCGUCAGCUCGGGUCUUGUGAUUCUUUCAAUAUGUACUUUCGAAUGAAUGGUGGAGAUCAUCAGAAAAAGAAGGAGAAAGGAGAUGAUGGAAGACUAAGGGCUGAUGAUGAACUUAAGAAACUUAAAGUGAGGUAUGAAGAGUGGAAGAAGGAUUAUAAGAUUAAAUUGAAGGAGACGAAGACGGUUUUACAAAAGCUUGGCCAACCGGAGAAGAAAACAAUCAUGAAGAAAUGGUGGGGAUUGUAAUGAAUGAAGCUCACAACAUAAUGAAGAAACUAUUGUUUUAACAUUCAAUAAUAUUAUUUAUGGUUGCAAAGAAAAUAAUAUUGGAAAAGGUCAAAUUAGUUUGACAUUGAUGUGAAUAUUGACUAAGAAUUUUGAGAAUUAUGUAUCUAUUAUCUAUGUCUGCAUAAUAAAACUAUACAAGACAGUUUGAAAUG